AUGUCUGCAAAAACUGGCUUCUUGGCCUGGUCCACCAAGAAGAAAAUCCUAAUCUUCUCGGCCGUGGGGCUCGUCCUUGUAGCACUUGGCGUGGGCUUGGGUGUGGGACUAGGAGUUGGACUGAAAGAUCACGAUGACGGCGACGAUGAGGGCGACACCACCGAAUCCAACGGCGCAGUCAACAAAACGGUGAAAUGGCAGCCGGCCGUGGGGACCAAAUGGCAAAUUGAGCUGCUGUACCCGCUCAACGACACCUCAGUGGACGCCGAGGUCUACGACAUCGAUCUCUUCAACAACAAAGCGAGCGUGAUCUCCGAUCUCCAAAAGAAGGGCCGCAAGGUCAUCUGCUAUUUUUCCGCGGGCACCUACGAAGACUGGCGCUCCGACGCCGGCGACUUCCACAAGGCGGACCUGGGCGACGAGCUCCCCGACUGGCCGGGCGAGCGCUGGCUUAACAUCAAGUCCAGCAGCGUGCGCAAGAUCAUGCAGACGCGGUUGGAUCUCGCGCAGAAGAAGGGCUGCGACGGCGUUGACCCGGAUAACAUCGAUGCAUACGAUAACAAGAAUGGGCUGCAUUUGACCAAGGCCGACUCGAUCAAUUUUGUGAAUUGGCUCGCGUCCGAGGCGCAUACCCGUGGCUUGUCGAUGGGAUUGAAGAAUGGUGGCGAUAUCAUUGACUCGGUGAUCAGCAACUUGCAGUGGUGUGUCAACGAGCAGUGUGCUCAAUACGAGGAGUGUGACACCUACGCCGCGUUCACCAAGGCAAACAAACCCGUCUUCCAAAUCGAAUACCCCAAGGGCGAUGAUGUCAAUGACAACAAGUCUGUCACGGCCAAGCAGAAGUCGGGUGCUUGCAACGCAGAUAGCGCGGGCAAUUUCUCGACGGUCAUCAAGAACAUGAAUCUGGAUAGCUGGGUGGAAUACUGCUCAUGA